UAAACUACCCCGAGAUCGAUCAGUCGCUACCAUUCCUUCUACCCGAUAGGACGCACUGGGACACUUUUGCUUUGCGUGAUUUAAUAGCUUGCUGUUCGAAGUUCGACACAGCAUUCCGGUUCAGACUCACUUGUGUUAACCGGCAUCCAGCAGCAAGUAGCGCUUUUUUCCUGACGAAAUAGUGAAAGUAUUUCCUUUUACGUAGUAACCUAUUGUGUGUGUUUGAUUUCCCGCAUUGUUUAAAUCCUAUAUUCAAGUGAUUUGUGGAUUGGCAAGCAUGGCAAGCAAAAUGAAGAAAGAGAAAGUUGCCAUCAUUGGAAGCGGUCUCAUUGGACGGUCCUGGGCAAUGCUGUUCGCUGGCGUUGGUUAUCAGGUGACCAUCUACGAUAUCAUACCCGAUAUUGUGGAAAAAGCACUGAAGGAAACAAAGCUGGAACUGGACAGCAUUGAAAAGCAGGGCCUUCUUCGGGGCAAUCUGUCUGCGGCGGAACAGUUUGCUUGUAUUAGCGGUACGGACAACCUGAAGGAUGCACUCGCGGGGGCUAUCUACGUGCAGGAGUGCGUUCCGGAGCGGCUGGACAUCAAGAAGAAGCUUUACACCGAGGUGGAUGGACUGGUAGGGCCGAACACGAUCCUGGCCAGCUCAACCAGCACCUUUAUGCCUUCGUUGUUUAGCGAAGAUAUGAAGCAUCGUGCUCAGGUUCUAGUGGCUCACCCAGUGAACCCACCAUACUAUGUGCCACUGGUGGAAAUUGUUCCGGCACCAUGGACCAAACCCGAGUACACGGCCAAAGCACGCGAGCUAAUGACGGAAAUUGGCCAAAAGCCAGUUACACUGUCUCGGCAGAUCGAAGGCUUCGCGCUUAACCGCAUCCAGUAUGCGAUCCUCAACGAAACCUGGCGCCUGGUAGCGGACGGCAUACUAAGCGUGAAAGACAUUGAUGUGGUAAUGUCGGAAGGUUUAGGCAUGCGGUAUGCAUUCCUUGGACCGCUGGAAACGGCACAUCUGAAUGCGGAAGGAAUGCUUAACUACUGUGAUCGCUACUGUAACACGAUUUACGCCGUUAGUCAAACGAUGGGCCCGACGCCACGAAUGGAGGGCAAGGUGGCGGAGCAAGUGGCCAAGGAGCUGGAGGAGAUGGUACCGAUCGACAAGCUGCCCGAGCGACGUGCAUGGCGCGAUGCCUGCUUGACGAAGCUGGCUCAGCUGAAGAAAAAUAUUUAAGCUUAUCAGAACGCUUCUGUUUUUUAUCUGAAUCUGACCUCUGUAAUGCAUAACAAAAUAUGCACUAAUAAAAGGAUCGUAAAGUUAUGA